CCACACUCCAAGUUCCACUAUCAGUAUGGCUACCCGCAUCCUUGUUCAAUGCCAUAGCCAAGACAUACCAGGCGAUCUGAAAGAACGGCGAACGACAAUGGCAAAUAUAAUAUGCCAACAUGUGUGGCACAGGCAAUUUGAUGAAACUCAGGAUCGUCUCCAGUCCCUAGGCCAGUAUGCCUACGACAACAACCGGGUUUAUAUCCUUGUGGAUAAUGGACCAACUGACUCGCAAGAUGUGUCCACAACCAUAUACAAAUGGAACCGAGAACGACUCAUCGAGAUGCCACUCAAUCCAAUAUACACCAAGUUCCCCCAACGUUCCCCGUUCAGUGGUAAACGUAUCUCAACAGGGUAUACCGAUGAGGAAUUCAGAAACACCUUUGGCGAGGAGAAGUACAACGACAUGAUCAUUCAGAGAAUCAGACAGAGGCUCAAGUGGGGACAAGAUCUGCCAUCACAUGAGAAGGCUUUCCUCCAGGAGCAUCCUGAGCUCAGCUCGGAGCUUCAAGGUUUGAAGUAGCCAUCCGAGGGGCUGACAAGGACGAGGUCAAUUGGUUCGUCAUCUGUUCUGCGAGUUUUUCUCGGAGCUACCAAACGUCCACCGCGUGGAAGACUGGAAGUCGAGUGAUGUACGUUGGCUGGAAUCAUCUUUAUGUCGAAUGUCUCGUUCUGACCUGGCAUCUUCUGUCUAGAAGCCGGUUACAUCAUGAUGCAGCCCACGGCUGUCUACAAAUUCACAGCGGCAUGAAGG